AUGGGGUCCAACUCGCAAUUCUCAACGGAUGUCGGGCUCGCGCGGCUGCUUGAGCAAAAGCUCGGCCAAUUCAGCGAACAGGUGGCAGUCGAACAGGGGACCCAGAGGAUGACCUUCCGUGACCUGCAUGUUCAAGCAUUGGCACUCGCGCAUGAAAUCCGUGUGCGGACGAAUUCCCAACCAAUUCCAAUCCCGAUUGUUGCCUCGCGAGGCAUAGAGCAUAUUGUAUGCCAGGCCGCGGUGGUGCUUGCCGGUGCAAUCUGUGUUCCGCUCGACGUCGAGCUCCCCGACGAUCGCCUUGGAGAGCUCAUUUCCUAUCUUGAAGGUGCUUGCUUGCUGCUCACGGAUCCAAAGAAUCAGGAACGCUGUCUGCCCACGAAUAUUCCACACGUGGUGGUCGACAGCCGCAUCCCGCAGUCGCAGCAAGUCGGGAACGGUGCUUGUAACAAACACGAACAACUUGACCAACAAAAUGGGCACGCUCAUGAUGAAGUCGCUACCAAUGGCCACGAUUGCAACUCUGUAUCCCACAUCUUUUUCACCUCAGGCUCAACCGGGAAGCCCAAGGCAGUGCAAGUUCGGGCGUCGGGUCUCCUCAAUUUGAUCUUCAACGAUUUUGCACCACUAGGACAAGGCCAACGCCUUGGUCAUGUCUGCAACACGGGGUUCGACGUGUCCAUGUGGGAAAUAUGGUCGGGCCUUCUUCACGGCGCGACAAUUGUUGUCUUCGAGCGAGGCGAGAUCCUAGACGCGCACAUCAUGGAGCAGAAGCUCCGCGAAGCCAGGAUCGAUGUGAUAUGGCAGACAACGUCUCUGCUUGGAAUCAUCGCGCACGUCUGCCCGGCAGCCUAUGCCACGGUGGAUACGCUCUUGACGGGGGGUGAAGCAAUCAAUAUGCAGACGAUCAGGAGAAUCUUCGACCACGGCCCGCCGCGCAGACUGUACAACGCGUACGGCCCGACUGAGCUAUCUGUCCUGGCAACGUACCACCUUGUUUCCGAGGCGGAUCUCGACCGGGACCUCAUACCAAUUGGACGCCCGCUUAGUGGUUACGAUGCCUUCGUGGUCGGUGAGGAUAUGCGAGAAGUUUGUGAUGGCGAAGUUGGCGAGCUUGUCGUUGGAGGCAUGGGGGUUGCUGCUGGCUAUCUGGGCAACCCGGAGAAGACGAGCAAGGUCUUUGUCCAUGCGCCUCACUUGGUCGACGUGGGUGGGAUUGUUUAUAGGACGGGCGAUCUGGUGCGAAAGAACGGCUCUGGUCAGCUGGAGUACCUCGGACGAAGGGACAACGAGGUCAAGAUUGGCGGACAGAGAGUUGAGCUCGAGGCCGUGGAGCGGUGUCUUCUAGACACAGGAUUAGUGUCGCUGGCUGUUGCAUUGCGAGUCUCGGAGCGCUGGGCCGGGGAAGGAUCAUGCUCGUCGCUGCUGGCCGCGUAUGUUGUUCCCAUGUCGGACGACAUCGAUGACAGGUCGAUAUUGCUGGCCUACCAAGAACGCAGUCGGCAUAUGAUGGUUCCUCGACUGAGAGUUGUGUCCAGAAUACCGCUGACAGGGAGUGGGAAGAUGAACCGGAAAGCGCUUGCUCGCGAGUUUGAGACCGAGAUGGAGGGCAUAAAGGGGGGUCCAGUGCAGCAACAACUCGUGGACGCAGGAGAUGAACUGAAUCAGAUCUGGGCGCGCGUUCUAGGACGCUCGCUCUCCAGUCUGUCGGCGGAGGACGACUUCUUCGCUCUUGGAGGGACUUCACUCCAUGCGGUGCGUCUGGUCCAUGACAUCAAUCGAUCGAUGGGCAUCUCCCUGGAGGUCGCCAUGCUAUUCGAGAAUCCCACGCUGGAACGAAUGUCAGAAGCAGUUCGGAAGCUGCGCAGUCAUACGAAUGGAAAGACGGCGGAUGGGAGAGUGAAGAAGCCGCAGUGGGUUGAGGACAUGGAUCUCGGCCAGGACUUGCAGGUUACAGGCGCGCCCGUGGACUGGCAGAAGGAGUCCGAAGGCCGCGCCUUCCUCACCGGCGCAACAGGCUUCGUGGGCGCCAUGCUCUUGGCCCAGCUUCUGGCCCAUCCCAAAGUGACAGCAGUCGCCUGCCUGGUGCGCGCCAAGGACAAUCAUCAUGCUCGUGCUCGGCUGCGAGAAGCUCUCAGCAAGUACAACCAAGCCCUAACUUCAUCUGAAGCGGCCAAGAUUGUCCCUGUUGCUGGCGAUCUGGCUCAGGACGACCUUGGCUUGGGUGCAGAGAACUAUCGCCAGUAUGCAAACUGGUCCAGCGUGGUCUUCCACCUUGCUGCCCACGUCAACUACAUCGAACCGUACUCGACCCAUCGUCCCGCCAAUGUCCUGGGCACGCUGAAUGUCAUCCGCUUCUCCCAAGCCUCUCGGUCAAAGUCACUUCAUUACACCUCCAGCGUCAGCGCGUACGGUCCAACCGGACUCAUCAGCGGAACGAAGUACCUGGCAGAGGACGAGCGGCCCCGAGAACACAUGCAGUCCCUCGAGUAUGACACCGGCUACGCGCAGAGCAAGUUCACGGCGGAGACGAUCGUAUGGAAUGCGAUAGAUGCCGGGAUGCCGAUUACCAUCUACCGUCUCGGAAGCGCUCUGCCUCCUCAUGGCAACAGCAAAGCCCUGAAGGCCUCGGACGACUUCUUCACCCGUCUACUGAGGACAUGCAUCCAGCUCGGCGUCUAUCCGUCUAUACCUGGCCACAGGGAAGACCUCAUCUCCAUCGACUGGGUUACAUCAUCUAUCCUGCACAUCUCCUCCAAGUCAGCCAGCGCCCGCCAGGCCUACAACAUCGUGCACCCCCAUCAACAGGUGCCAGACCUACCAACCAUCUUCCAGUCCGUCAAUGGCUACCUUGGACGCCGCCCCCUACGUGAGCUCCCGUAUCGGGAGUGGCUGGACACCAUAUCCCAGCCACCGGAUAACCCGCUGACUUCUCUCGUGCCAAUGCUGGAGGAACCCGUCCGGGACGGGCUUUCGCGGUGGCAGAUGCAACAAGCCGUGCCCAAGUUCUUGACAGAUAACCUGCGGCGAGUGCUGGUCGACGCGCCGGAGCUCUUAGACUGCCUGCCUCCUGCGGAGCUGAUUGAGAUGUAUAUUCCGCACUGGGUCCGCGAGGCAUCGGCCAGUCAAGACGCUACUGCCACCCUAUUAGCACCCACCAAUUAA